UGGGAAAGGCCGGGAGGGGGGAGAUAUACAUAUAUAUAGCCCGGUCCCUAUGGAGCCUGGCAUCAUUCAUCUGUUCUCCGGGAGUCUUGGCUGCUGAGCUGCACCUGCCCUCUUCGGCUCCGCUUUUACAGGACUGUCCUCACUAGAAGCCAUGGUGUCUGCUGGUUUCCAGAUUAUGGGCAUGGCCCUAUCGGUGCUGGGCUGGAUUGGAGCAAUCAUUACCUGUGCUCUGCCCAUGUGGAAAGUCACAGCUUUUAUUGGUACCAAUAUUGUGACUGCUCAGAUCACCUGGGAGGGGCUGUGGAUGAACUGUGUGGUGCAGAGCACAGGCCAGAUGCAAUGCAAAGUCUAUGAUUCCAUGCUGGCCUUGCCCCAAGAUAUCCAAACAGCUCGGGCACUGAUGGUCAUCUCUGUUCUCAUAGCUCUCCUGGCCUUGAUGGUUGGCAUUGCGGGGGCCAAGUGCACCAACUGCGUGGAGGAUGAGGAUACCAAGGCACGUAUCAUGAUUGUCUCUGGUGCUGUCUUUUUGGCCUCUGGGAUCCUCUGCCUCAUCCCUGUGUGCUGGUCAGCCAACACCAUCAUCCGUGAAUUCUACAGCCCAUUGGUGGGUGAGAUGCAAAAGAGAGAGCUGGGAGCAUCCCUCUACAUUGGUUGGGCAUCCGCGGCCUUGCUCCUCCUUGGAGGGUCACUGCUGUGCUGCAAUUGCCCCAAGAAAGACGGCAACAACUACAGUGCCCGGUACACCGCAGCUGCCUCUCAACCCAGAAGCGAUUACCCCAGCAAGAACUAUGUCUAGGAAGAACAUAUUGAUAGCGUCCGGAAAACUCAAUGAUGUUGGGUCUCCUUGGAUUGGAAGAAGGAGAAGGACUGCAUUCCUUCUGGGACUCUACAAUGAGUGUCCCUACUGAAAACCAAACAUCCUGGUCCAAGACGACCCAACAUUUUUGUCCCAUCAGUAUUCUUUCCCCAUUCCCCAUUGUUACAAUAUUCAUUGUAUAGGCGUGCCCUACAGACAUCAGAACUCUCCUUCUGGAUAACAUACGACUUCUGAUCAGUGUGUUCUUCUUGAUGUAGAUAGAUGUGGUUCUGGAUCUUGAAAAUCCUCUUUCCAUGCUGUUUAUAAUUUUUUAAUUCUUGUCCCCUCCCCCAAAUGUUCACCAAGGGACUCCCAACUGCCAAAAAUACCCUGAAGACCUAUUCCUGUUCAAUAGGAUCUUUCGUCAGGAUAAGGGUGGAAGUCAGUAACCGAAACUGGUGUAAUGAAAGCUGUGAUAUGUUGUACCAUAUUAUUUUUUAAUGAAUGGGGUUUAGUCCUAUUGUUUUUAUUGUUUUGCUAACAUGUAUUGUGAUUGUUGCUAACUUGUAUGCAUUUCAUAUUGAAUGCCAGUUUUUCUUUUUUAAAAAAAAAUAUGACCUGAAUAAAAAUAAUGCUUUUGU